AUGGCGCCAGUACACGUAGAUUCAGGAUCUGGUCAUCUCCUCGCCGCCCAUCAACCAGACUUCUUGCAUAGACCCGCCGUUCGCAAGGUUCUCCCCUUUGUCAAUGGUGGGUUUGCUGGAGUCAUGGCUUCUUGUGUCAUUCAACCAGUCGAUAUGAUCAAAGUCAGAAUUCAAUUGGCUGGUGAAGGAACCAAAUCCUUUGCCGGAGGCGCAAAAGUUACACCUAUCUCUGUCGCUAGAGAUAUUGUCUCUAAAGGCAAAGUACUCGAUCUUUACUCUGGUCUCUCGGCUGCGGUUCUGCGACAGGUUGCCUAUACAACCGCCCGAAUGGGAUUCUUCGGCACAUUCAUGGAGAGCUUCCAAAUAAAGGCAAAGGAACAAAACAGAAAAGUCACAUUCGGUGAACGUGCCGGUGCAUCCCUUGCAGCUGGUGGUCUCGGAGCUUUACUUGGCAAUCCUGCCGAUUUGAGCUUGAUUCGAAUGCAGAGCGACGGCCUUCGACCUAUCGAGAAGCGCGAAAACUACAGAUCCGUUUUCGACGCCCUCAAGCGUAUCUCUCGAAACGAAGGCGUCCUCGCUCUUUGGGGUGGUGCCACUCCAACCGUCAUCCGAGCCAUGGCUCUCAACUUCGGGCAGCUGGCUUUCUACUCCGAAACCAAGGCACAACUCCAGCAGAAGACCAACCUCGCCGCCCCCGUCCAGUUCUUCGUUUCAUCCUGCGUCGCCGGUUUCGCCGCUUCGGCGUUCAGUCUUCCAUUCGACUUCAUCAAGACCAGACUGCAGCGUCAGACCCGCGACGCUAGUGGACGCUUGCCAUACAAGAAUAUGAUGGACUGUGCCGUCAAGGUCGUCCGCGAGGAAGGUGUUCUGAGGUUCUACCGAGGAUUCGGAACAUACUUUGUCAGAAUCGCUCCACAUGCGAUGAUGACAUUGCUCUUCGCUGAUGCCCUUGGUAUUCUCACCAAGUAG